CUGGCACGAGUACAUCUUCUUCAUAGUCAUAACUCCAUCGUACGCCAACACGGAAGCAGAAUCUCCCUCUUCGCAGCCCAAACCCACCACGCAACCAUGGCCAGCUUCUUCACUGAUAGAAAGCGUGCCUGCGAUGCGUGCCAUCAUAGGAAGAUUCAAUGUGACGCGGCCGUGCCCCAGUGCGACUGGUGCAGCCAUCACCAGCUACAGUGCACCUUCAAUCGCGUCGUGCAUCGGAGGAGACGCGCAGCCUCCACCACACUUCACACGACAGCAACGACAAGAACCAGCCUAUCCUCGAUCCCAGCAACCGCCGGCAGAACCAGCAGCAACCGUGAGGUCAACACUACGUGCAUGACCAGACCUCAACCACGUACUGCUACCCACAUGACAUCGCUCGCAGCCUCGCCUACUGUAACUACCUCGAUUAUCAGCCUUGAGGGCUCGUCGUCGUCCUCCUCCUCCGUGCCACUGGCAUGUGGACCAAGAUUUGCCCGAUACUAUCUGAGCGAGACUGUCUCGCCCAGCGGUGCACCUUUCUUCUCUGUCGACCACCAGACCUGGAUCCGCCGGUGUACGGGACAGGCUCACGUCUUCUCUAACCUGUCGGGGCUCGAACCAGCGUCGUCGUUGUCAUCAUCAUCCUCCUGUGCCGGAGGCGACUACUAUUCUGCUGAUUGCAAUCAGAUCGAACUGCCGGCUCGACAUGUCGUCGAAGACUAUCUACAAAUGUUCCGAGCGACUCCCUUCCGACUCGUGUUUCCAAUCGUCGACGGUGUCUUAUUUCAAGAAACCGUCAGUCAGGCUUACGAUCCGCAACACGCAGCCAACCCAGCAGCCCAGGCCUGUGUCUUCUCCUUUCUUGCCAUCAUUACUCAUACACAAUGGAGCCCGCGCAAUAUGGCCGUCAUCAUUGACAGCGAGGCAUGCGUCUGGCAGGCCCAGCGCCUGAUGCCCCUAGCCCAAGCGAGUCAGGACAUUACGGGACUCCAAACUUGCCUUAUGCAGUGUAUGUAUCACCUCUUCUGCGGUAAGAUCCAGAUGGCCUCAAUGGCCCUUGCUCUUACCUGUCGCCUGUUGUUCGUAUUAGGAGCACACAGGCAGCCCAGCGCAGCAAGCGAUGCGCCCGAGCAGCAAAGCCGGACAGAAAGCCACGCGCGCCAGCUGUUCUGGCUCUGCUACACCUUUGACAAGAUUGUGGCACUUCGGACCAGCCAGCCUCCCUGCAUCGACGACGAGCACUGUGACCUCACGCUACCUCCGGGCUACGUAGAAGGGCUAUACAUUGACCACGUUGAUACCGUUAGUAGCAGUAGCAGUAGCAGUAGUAGUGGCGCCCUCUGCUGCCUGCCGGGCGAUUUACGGCUGAGCAUCAUCAAGUCCAAGGCCUGCAGGCUGCUAUACUCGGUCCGCCUACAGCAGUAUUCGUCCAACCAGCAGCAUCACCGCCCAACACCCAACGCCGGGCUGCUGCGCGAAGUGCGCGAAUUGGACAGUGAGCUAGAGCGGUGGCGCCUCUCCAUCCCGGCCCGGUUCCGGCCCAUGUUGCUCGGCCGGAGCUACAGCGGCAACAACAACGGCGCCUGCUGGCUUGACCCGACUUUGGACGCCAGCCAGAGGAUGCAUGUUAUGGUGCUGCACUUUGAGUACCAGCACCUUGUGGCCGCUCUGCACCGAGCCGCGAGCCCAUGGCUCACCUUGGGAGGCGAAGCAACUGUGUCAACGGCGGCGACCUUACCGUUGGGGUCCAGUCAGAGUCAGACCUUGUCUGUCGAGGCCAGCCGGUCUUGCCUAAAGUACUUUCGCGAUGCUGCUCCUUCCCUGAUGGGAGCUGCCUUUUGGGUACUACUCUUCUACCCCGUAUCUGCUGUAGUCACUCUAUUUUUCAAUCUGUUGCGGAAUCCACUGGACGACCAGUCGACAGACGACCUGAGACUCCUCGAAUCCAUCCCGAACUUCGUGAGCGUGGACUGUGCUAGAAGCUCGAUCCCACCCUAUGAGCUUGACUUGAAUACCGUUGACGAUUUUGUGGCCGAGGUGAUCCGAUUGUCCAAGCGUGCUAUGACUAUGGCUGCUCACGUCAAGUAAAUUGCUUGAUGGUUACACAUGUAUGUUUUUCGAUAAUGCUAAAUAUCUUGAGGUGGGAAUGACCCGUAUUUGUAUUGGUCAACAACAGGCACUGGCUAUGCUGGAUCUUGAGACUGAAUGACAAUAGUAGAUAGUGGGUCUCUAGAAAACAACUUAGAGAGACGGUAUGCAAGCCGUCACAAACACCUCCUCCUAUGGCCCCACCGCCAAUGCCGGGUGCCGCCCCGGGUCGGACCAGCCGAGUGGAUACACUCCACUUAUGGCCAGGCGGCCGACGGCCACCGCCAUACUAACAUUAAUGAGGCCGUCGACGUCUACUACUUUGUGCUGCAUCACGCCUUUGUUCCGGG